AGAUCGGAUCGAAUAUCGAACGUCGUACUAUCACGCUUCGAUUGAUUAACGUUUGUCAUGAAAGUGAAGUGGAUCGAAUAAACAAAGUGCAAUUAUCUUAGAAACGUUAGAAGUAACGGAGGUACCGCGCGAAGAAAUAAUAAAUCUGCAGCGUACCAAAUCGUCCAUGAAAUUUUCAGAUCUAAAGACACCGCGCAGGUUGGCAACUUCCGUAGUCUGAAGCCCAACGCAGAGAUCACCGACAUGUCAGGUCCAGCGGAACCUUCGGCAGGAAAUUUUAAUCCGCCAACGGACAGUUUGCACGCGUCCAUGAGGCCGAUCAUCAUGCUCGCACAGUGCUUCUCCAUGUUUCCUGUGUCUGGCGUUAAUACUCCAGAUGCUUCGUACCUUAGGUUCACUUGGCGAAGCCCAAAGAUUAUUUAUUGCAUAAUUUCACUACUUGGUUCGUCGAUGAUGACGGUUUUCAACAUUCUGAGGAUAGUUACUACAGAAGUAACUCCUGCAAAAAUGACCAAUUUAGUUUUCAAUGGGACUAAUUUGAUCGCGUCUUUCCUUUUCCUGAAAUUGGCCACGCAGUGGCCUUGCUUAAUGCUGACGUGGGAGAAGCUUGAAAAGGAGUUUUCCAACAAACACAGAAAAGUCUCCAGAUUGUCUCUGUCCACUAAAUUCAAGAUGGUGACUAUAACGGUGGUGAUAUUGGCUUUAGUGGAGCAUGGUUUUUCCAUUCUUCAUGGUUACAUCAGAGCCAAAGAAUGCGCAGAUUUUCAAGGUAAUUCGGAUAUUAUUGGUAUCUAUUUCCAAUCGCAAUUUCCCCAGGUCUUUUCUAAAAUUUCGUACAGCUUAUGGAAAGGUAUAGUGGUGGACAUUAUUAACAUUUUGUGUACUUUCUCUUGGAACUUUGUCGACUUGUUUCUCAUUCUGAUCAGCAUAGCUUUGACAGACCAAUUUCGCCAAUUAAAUACUCGCUUAUACUCUAUCAGAGGCAAGUAUCAUUUCAUUGUUAAGGCAAUGCCAGAAUGGUGGUGGGCCGAGGCAAGAAACGACUAUAACCAUUUGGCAAGCUUGACGAGGCAACUGGACUCCCAUAUCUCUGUAAUGGUUCUUCUCUCCUUCGCCACCGAUCUCUACUUCAUCUGCAUACAACUACUCUUCUCUUUCAACAGUCCUAUGCGAGGCUUGGUCGAGAAAAUUUACUUCAGCUUCUCCUUUGGAUUCUUGUUGGCAAGGACGACGCUAGUUUCCUUAUGCGCGGCAGCAAUACACGACGAGUCCUUGCUACCUGCUCCGAUUUUAUACACCGUUUCCGGAAGCAGCUUCUGCGCUGAAGUCAUGAGGUUUCUCUCUCAAGUUACGACGGACAGCAUCUGCUUGACUGGAAUGAAAUUCUUCUCGGUGACCAGGGGUCUCGUGUUAACUGUGGCAGGGACUAUAGUCACCUACGAAUUGGUUCUCGUCCAGUUUAAUUCCGUUCACCAAAUCGAUCCAACGAACAUUACGGACGUCUGCGAGUUCCUCGUUUCGAAGAACUGAUCCUGGUGACGAUUUAAUACUUUCUCUGCGGAGAAGGAGCUUUGCCUGCCAUCCUUCUCUGUACAUCAAUCAUUAAGAACUACAGAAUUUCAACAUCCUCGGAUUAUUUAAAACUAGAACGGCAUACAUGUGUAUUUAUCCUCCGUAGAUGAUAAUCGAGCGAUGCAUGACAUAUUUUAUAGCAAACCGAGUAUAUAGAUCGUUUAAUGCAAUAGUAUUGUAACUAACAUGCAAAAUAAUACGAUGUAUGACUAUGUUGAUAAAAAGAAAUUUUACUUCUUUCGUUGCACCUUGAACAAUGCGGUAAUCUCGAUUAAUGUAUACUCGACGUAAGAUGAGGACGGUGGAGCAGUGGAUAGCGUAGCUGAUUACCAUGCUGAGGGCUAGGUUUCGAAUUCUGGGCGUGUCCGGACCCAGUUU